AUGAAGGCCUAUAUUGUUCUUGCAUGCAGUGCCCUGAUUAUGGCUGUUACUGCCACAUUACCAACAUUCACCUACAAUUUGACUGAAAAGUCUCUCGGUGAUAGGACUUCGAUCUGUCAACUUAACAUGGGCUUUUGUUCGGAGAAUUGUGGUGGACCUGAUAAGGCUCCGAAGAACUUUUGCAAUGUCACCACUAUGGGUUGGGGAUGUGGUUGCAGUACCAAAGUACCUGAUUUUGAAGGUUAUCAAUGGCCUAUUAACCAGCAAGAUUGUAUCGGUCGCGGUGAGGCGUGCAAGAAAGCCUGCGACGCCGCUGAUUCGGCAUGUCUCAAUGACUCAUAUUAUAACGUAGACAACGUAACUGAUAUUCCCACAUAUGGUCCCCCGUCCAAUAGCAGCUCGAACAGCACUGGUUCUGGUAGCAGUGGUAAUUCGACCACCGGGGGUAGUUCGAAACCUUCUUCAUCAACCAAUCUUGUUUAUUCGAUCGGAUCAACGUUGUCUGCUCUCGUCGUCGUCGCUGUUGGACUAAUGAUACUUUAA